CUAUCGAACCGAAACAAUCUCUGUGCCAAGCGUACACACACUGAUCGAAGACCGAAUCUAAACCUAACUUAACCCCUAAUUUCACACGAAGCAAAACGGAGCGAGUCAGUAAUUACGUUACGUGAGCUUGAGAGUUAGAAGCUUGAAUUGCGAUGCACAGUAGCGUAAUAACAGAACGCUAACGUAUAAUGCCGUUGAACGAGUCGGCGGAAGGCAAUUCCUUGCGGAACCGUCUUCAGGUGCGCGAGGAAAAUGUGGCAACAAGGAAAACUCGCAAUUAUUCCGAGGGCAACGAGAGCUACAACAAACUCAGCCCUGGAACCGACAGCUUCUCCAACAUCAACGAACGACCCGUUGAUGAUAUAUCGCUCGAAUUCUUCUACAAACCCCACACCAUAACCCUCCUGCUCAUCUCGAUAGGGGCACUUAUUUACUUCGCUUUUGUCAGAGACACAGCUAACGUCGAGGACAAUGUUUGGGCUGGUAUGCUCUGCGUCAUCUUCUUUUUUCUGAUAGUCUCAGUCUUGACAUUUCCAAACGGUCCAUUCACUCGACCACAUCCAGCGGUAUGGCGGAUAGUGUUCGGCUGCAGCGUCCUGUACCUGAUGGGCCUGCUUUUCAUGCUCUUCCAGAACUACGAGACUGUGAGACGUAUACUUGUGUGGAUAGAUCCAGGUCUUUCGUCGUUUAGAAUCGACAUGGACAAAGAAUAUGGAGUAAACUGUUCCGAUAUAUCGUUAGAGAAAAUAUGGAAUCAUUUGGACAUUUUUGCGCUGGCGCAUUUCCUCGGAUGGACAUUCAAAGCGGUUCUCAUUCGCCACUUGGGCAUUUUAUGGGCUAUCAGUGUAAUGUGGGAGGUGACUGAAAUCGCCUUUGCGCAUUUGUUGCCAAACUUUGUCGAGUGUUGGUGGGAUGCCCUGAUACUCGACGUACUCCUGUGCAACGGCCUCGGGAUCUGGGUCGGACUAAAAAUCUGCGCUUGUUUAGAAAUGCGAGAGUACAAAUGGGUUAGCAUUAGAGAUAUCGAGAGUACGACCGGAAAACUUAAGAGAGCCGUGCUGCAAUUCACUCCUGGCAGUUGGACGUCGGUCAGAUGGCUCGACCCCACCUGUACUCACAUGCGAUUCGUCGCUCUGUCGCAGCUAGUCAUAUUCUGGCAGGUCUCGGAGCUCAAUACCUUCUUCCUGAAGCACGUGUACGAGUUUCCACCUUCGCACCCAUUCGUUGUCGGACGUAUCGUGCUCAUAGGCGUCAUAGUUGCGCCGUCGGUGAGGCAAUAUUACAUGUACGUAACGGACCCGUCAUGCAGCAGAGUCGGUACCCAGUGUUGGGUCUACGGUGCUAUAAUGGUGACGGAAGCUCUCCUCUGCGUACGUCAUGGUGCCCCAAUAUUCGAGCGGACUCAGGCCUUGAAUAUAGCGCUGUGGUUGUUGUGCCAAUCGUUCGUGUCUGUCCUCUGCGUCUACGGCUGUGUGCUGUGGCACCAGUAUUUCGAGACUGGGAAUAAAAUGCCCCCCACGCAUACAGACAAGAACCAAAGGAACGAAACACUAAACAGCGGGGACUUGGCUCGUCGUACAGAGACUAGUGAUCCACUAAAAGUAAAAAAAUUGUAAGGCUAUCCGAGUUUCAGAUCUUGUAAAGUUAGAAGAGUCAAAGUAACCGCUACCAAACCCUCUAGUCAUGUAACUGAGUAUAAGAUGAAAGAAAAACGAAAAAAAAUUUAGAUAAAAGUUGAUAAAUGACAUUUUCAUUACACGAGAGGCGAAUCCUGUUUAUUGUAUGACUUUGCCGUAUGAUGAUUUAUUAACUAAUGACGGUGUGAAUGCGUUCUGGAUAUUAUGGCUUGAAGUUGCGCAUAUAGUUGCGCAUGAUUUUAGGAGUAAUUGAAGUAAUAAAUACAAAUUAUUGUUACAAUCUCA